UCAACCAAUCAGGGGUCCCGUAACACAGGGUGUGUGUCGGCACAUGUGAAGGAAGUGAUAGUAAAUUGAUUCACGGAUUCCCUCCGUCCAGUAUUCGUCGGUCUCGUGUAAAGGAGCUUGGGUUGUGAGCAAUGGGUGACAAUCAGUGUAUUGCCAGCAAGAAGCCACGAAGUAUGAGUCAACUGGAAGAGUUCGACAGCCUGUUUCCGGAUCUGGUGGAUGAUCUGACUAAGAUUGGCCUGAAGGAUGGAGAAAUAUCUGAUGCAAUGAAGUGGUUCAAAGAGGUGUGUGAGUACAAUGUUCCAUUUGGAAAGAAGAACAGAGGGAUGUCAGUGGCCAUGUCCUACCUGAGGUUUGUUCCUGAUGCGUCUCAAGAUGAUCUGGAGCGAGCCAGGAUCCUAGGCUGGUGUGUGGAAUGGUUGCAAGCCUUCUUUCUGGUAGCAGAUGAUUUGAUGGACAAGUCUGUGACAAGGAGGGGAAAGCCAUGUUGGUACAAGAGAGGACAUGUGGGCACCAUAGCCGUCAAUGACUCCUUCUACCUGGAGUCGGCCAUCUACCAGAUCCUCAAGAAACACUUCCGACACCUGCCGUACUACACCAGCAUCCUUGAGCUGUUUCAUGACACAACUAUGCAGACAGUCAUUGGUCAGUGUUUGGAUCUAACAACAGCGCCGCCGGAGGGCACCGUGGACUUCACAGGAUUCACCCUGGACAGAUACAGCGCCAUCGUCAAAUACAAGACGGCCUUCUACUCCUUCUACCUGCCUGUUGCAUUAGCUAUGUAUAUGGCUGGGAUUUCUGACGAGGCUUCUCAUGCCAACGCCAAGACAAUCCUGCUACAGAUGGGGCACUUCUUCCAAGUUCAGGAUGAUUUCCUGGACUGUUAUGGUGACCCGGAAGUGAUAGGGAAGAUCGGUACUGAUAUAGAAGAUAAUAAGUGCAGCUGGUUGGUGGUUCAAGCUCUCAACAGGGCCAGCGACAAACAAAAGCAGAUGUUAGAGGACAACUACGGACAUCAUGAUCCUGAGAAGGUGAAGAACGUGAAGGCGCUGUUUAGAGAACUGAAUCUCCAGAAAGUGUAUACAGACUACGAGGAGAGCAGUUACGCUGAACUCAAUGUGCUUAUAGGGAAAUGUGCCGGAAAUCUGCCGGAGGAUGUUUUUAGGGACUUUGCAAAGAAGAUAUACAAGCGGCAGAAGUAAAAUUGUGUUUUAGAAAGUUGUUUUUUUUCAUAUAUGCUAUUUAUUGAUGUACAGUGUUAGCAUUGGAUGAAGUCCCUUAUGACGGAGCAAGCAUCGUGUACGACCUAUCUCUGUGGAAAAGGAACAAAGUCUUGGCGCCCAGUUUCAAACUGUUGAUUCUUGCUGGAAAGCUUGUUCAAGUAUGUCAACCAUGGACUUCUCUAAAAAAAUAGCUAUAAGACUGUGUUCUGAUUAAAGUUGAAUUUUCAGAAUUGUUCCAAAGGCAUGAGAUGUUAUUAGGCCAGUGAUAGCCACAACUUCGAGACAGUAAUAUAUUCCAAUUUAUAAGUAACACUUAAGAAGCUAGAGUUGUUUCCCUUGACACGAGAGACAUGACAAGCUCCUCACAGCAGUAUCCCGUUCACGGAGCUCUCUAUACUAUAUGCCACCAGUCAAGGCUCCCCACUGUGGUUGGGUGGCAACAACCAUGCUUGGAGUUGAACUCGCAACCGACCGACCGUUAUGUUUACAAACAAGUGAUGACUGCCGGGAUGCCGAAUACUCUUACCCCAGCUAAAUUAUUUUCUUUGUUUGUCAAUUUGAAUUUCUGUUUCAUUUCAACUAUCAUGUAGUAAGAAUGUAAGGGAGAAGUUGGUUGAUUUUCCAUUCGUUUGCAAUCUCGAACCAAUCUGAUCAAACAAACCAAAUGGUUAAUUCAUCCGGGAAAUAUGGUCAGUCAAAAUUAACUGUAAUGGCAUUUCCAAAGACAUAAACAAAAGUAUAAAAGUUACUACAUAUAUGUUGAAGUAAGGAGUAGUGAGUGAGUGAGAUGCAAUAUUCCAGCAAUAUCACGGCAGGGACACCAGAAAUGGGCUUCACACAUUGUACCCAUGUCAGGAAUCGAACCCGGGUCUUCGGCAUGACGAGCGAAUGCUUUAACCACUAGGCUACCCGACCGCCCCUAAGUAAGGAGUAAGUUUCUCUAACAUUGUCUUACAGAUUCAGAUAAAGGCAUUUGAAGGAGCACCAGUGAAAUGAAGUCACUAAGUUAGUGAAAUUGUGGGUACUUUCCAUUGGAGUAGUGAGUUUGCUAUCUGUCAGAAGCAUGUAUGUUGUCAAACAGUCAAUGAGUGUUUCUGAAAUUGCUCGUUCUCGAUGUUUAAAUGGUAGUCCUUUCAACCACCUUCAUUGAUGUGAUAUUCAAGUGCAGAGGACAUUAUGCAAGAAUGUUUGAACUGGAUGAAUGUUAUUUGUAUAAAUUUGUGUGAGGAAAGACUUUUUGUUAUAGUUUUUUUGGUUUAUAAAUUUCUGACCCUAAAAUUCAGGUUGGUAGGUCAGAAAAAUACAAAUAAUUUUUUUUUUUAAUAUCUCUCUUGAUUUCCUCAAUAUAUUAAGCAUGUUGAAAAAUUUAUAAAACUCAUACAAAUAAAUUUGGAGAAGGACUUUUUAAGAUAAAUUGAUAGUAUUUUAAUUAUAGUUUUAAACUUAUUUAUCUAUAUUGAUAGCGACAGUAAACUUAUUAUUUUUGAACAUUUUACUUAUUUAGUAAGUGGAAUAAACAAAAAAAGCUUUAUCUUUUUUUUUUUCCCUUUUUUCACAUUCCAGUUUUUUGGAGUCGGCAGAUUUGUAAACCAGGUUUUAGAAAAAAAAAGUCUUGUCUGGUAAACAAUGUAAUACUGUACGUGUGUGCAAUAUGUAUCUGAUGGAUUUCUGUUGACAUGUGGGAAGCUGUUACUGUAUGACUGUUACUCUUCAAUAGUGAUGUCAUCAGUGUAUGUUCAUAUUGAAUAAAUGGAACAUGUUCAUUUUA